AUGAGACUGUCACCUUUGGGUGCCGGCAAUUGCCAAUUCGUCUACAGAAUCGAUCGUGAUUCAUGGAAGUCUCCAGAGGAUCGCUCGGUGCCGUGGCAUCAGUGCUAUGUCCUUAAGCUGCCCCGUAAGGCAGAUUCCGCCACUAUCAUGCGCCGAAUGCUGUACCAUGAUGAGUUGUGCUUGUUUAUGCAAGAGGGAUAUCGCAACAACGCAGAAUCAUGCGCGCCUAAGCGAGUAUGUUGUCUUGUCGAUCGCACUGUGGCCGAUAGGCUACGUUCACAUUUGUCAAAGUUGUUGGACGACUACAAAACCUGUACGCAAAACGCGACGUGUCGGCGUAAUAGAACUAAAGUAUCAAGAGAUGUUACUGCCUCUGUAAACCGCGAAAAGGUCAAUAUGUUUCACACAGAAAUAGUCUACAAGAAGCGCAUCUACCACGUCAAGGAAGUGGCCCUGCAAACUGCAGUAGACGUAGACCCUAGGGCCAUAUGCAUAUUGGGAAAUAAGAAAGUGGUUUAUGACCCUUCAAAACAUGAAUUGGCCAUAUUGGAGGAGGAUUUAUUCAAUCUUGCGGUAUGUAUGUCACUAGGUAGGACGCUGUUGCAAGCAGGAAUGCAACAUUACCGGAAUAUUUCCGUGGAAUUGAAGCCAAAGUGUGGUCUACUCAACUUCAGCGGACUACCCAGCUUGUUUCAGAUGUCGCAACCGUACAAGGCACGAAUUAGGUACCAGAACAUUAUACCUUCAGAUACCCCAAAAGUGGCUGCAAGCAUAUUGAAAAGAGACCCUGGAAAUCUUACGUUAUCGAAAUAUUCACCCAUUAGAUUAUUUCGGAUGACACUAAACGACGUUAAAAAGGAAUUGGAUUACCUUGCACGGGCUCCUCAAAACAAUAUACGCAUUUUCAUUGACAACAUCGAGGUAGACCCAGGGGUAUUGUUGAGCGACACUUAUGCAAUGGACAACGUUGCGCGGUGUCUGCUUGAAAAUAAGCUGACCAUGACGCGUGUAUUAAAUUUACAGGCACUGGCGUCAGGUCAGCAGGUUGUGGCGCACGUGGUAUACUUACUCAGCAGAUUACUAACGCAAGUGACUGUGCCAAAGGGAAAUGCUGGCGAGGACACAGCACGUAAAGUGAAGUUUAGCACCAUCAUGAAUAAUCUUUUGUGCCUAUCCAAAGAGCUGCUGGACCUCAUGUUGUGCAACCAUUCCAAUGCAUACAGAAUACAAAGGGCAUUCAAUUUCAUCGGCCGCAGGUUAAUAUGCUCACUAUGCAAUGUAUUGAAGAUGCUUCUCGCAAACAGGCGGAUUAUGAUAUAUACGUCACGGCGAAACACUUCUAUGGAACGACUAAGGACCACAAAAGGCAAUCGUAGUCUCCCAGUUUUCCAUAACGAUGCUCAAGCAUUGUGCCACAAAUUGACCAUAUAUUCGCAAGGGCGAUUGUGGAAGAGACAAUGUUCUAAUGAUGAAGCUGUUCAACUGGUAGUGUUUAACGAACUCGAAUGCUUGUUAACACAGAUACAUAGAUGUGUGACGUACCGACCUGCCAACCCCAAAGGAAGUGUUGUCCGGGGUAAAACAUCUCCAAUAGUUGGCACUACAUGUUCCGGAGAGAAGAUGGAAAGGGUACUGAUCAAGAAGUCCACCGCGCUUAUUGGCGCGGCUAAACGUUGGAUUCAAUUAUACCUCGGGGGAAGGACCGCGAUGGAUAUUUCUGUCGUUCUCAACGUACUAUUCCAUGGUCAACCCGAUAACGCUGCAAAUGGACCAAAUUUCUUCAGGUUUUCUCUGAUAGAUCUGGAUCUCAAACCGGCGCAUCGCAUACCACGGUGGAAGGAAGAUGUUCUUUUCCUGAUCAACCAACAGCAGCAUUACUAA